AUGUUGAACCCAAACGAGUACACAGUAGGCUGGAUUUGCGCCGUCAUGACUGAAUAUGUUGCCGCCCAGUCAGUCCUUGACGAGGAACAUGAAGGGCCAGAGAACGUGGCCCCGAAUGACAAUAAUACCUACACUCUAGGGAAGAUGGGGAAACACAACAUUGCCAUUGCCGCCCUUCCUGAUGGUGAAUAUGGUACAGAUACGGCAUCGGCUGUGGCAAGGGACAUGCUGCAUAGCUUCCCCAAUGUGCGGGUUGGACUUAUGGUUGGUAUCGGAGGCGGGGCUCCGAGUCCAAGACAUGAUAUCCGCUUGGGAGAUAUCGUAGUAAGUGCGCCAGGCCGUGAUCAUGGCGGCGUUUUCCAGUACGACUUCGGAAAAACAAUCCAAACGCAAAGCUUUCAACAGGGCAGGUUCUUGAAUCAGCCACCCAUGGUCCUGAGGACGGCGGUCACUGGAAUCAAAUCUGAAUACGAGAGAAAGGGCAAUCAGCUGGAAAUGAAAAUUAACGUCAGGUUGGCACAAAAUCCAGUGAUGAGAGAGAAGUAUGCUCGGCCAGAUCCGAAGACUGAUCGCUUGUAUCACUCCCACAUCCUCCAUGUGGUAAGCGACCGCGAUUAUUGCAUGCACAGUUGUUCAGAUACACCAGAAUCUUUGGUUUCACGGAUUGCUCGAACAACGGAGCAGGGUCCAAUGGUUCACUACGGCCUUAUUGCAUCAGCAAACCAGCUGAUGAAGGAUGCCUGCGUUCGUGAUAAGCUGUCCGCAGAGAAGGAUGCUCUUUGUUUUGAAAUGGAAGCUGCUGGUUUGAUGAACCAUUUCCCCUGCUUGGUCAUUCGUGGUAUCUGUGAUUACUCUGAUACUCACAAGAAUAAAAUAUGGCAAGGGUAUGCUGCGAUGGGGGCAGCUGUCUACGCAAGCGACUUGCUGAAAAAGAUUCCUCCCGCUCGGCUUGAACAUGAACGAAGGCUAGCCGACAUUGUAGUAUCUGUUCAGAAAGAUGUCCAGGAAAACAACCUGGCUACUCAAAGUAUUCUUUCAAUACAGCAACAAGACCAGAUCAAACGUUGGCUAGCGCCGCCUGAUCCGUCACUCAACUAUCACAAGGCAUUGGCACAGCGGCACAAAGGUACAGGUCUGUGGUUUUUACAGAGUACGGAGUUUACACACUGGAAGGCCCAGCACCACUCCUUACUAUGGCUCCAGGGCAUUCCCGGCUGUGGCAAGACAGUCCUCAGCGCCACCAUGGUGGAGCACCUGACUGACACACUGCAUCUCCAGCCGGUGUUAUACUUCUACUUUGACUUCAAUGACACCAGAAAACAGGCCUUUGAUAAUAUGCUUCGGUCUUUAAUUAUUCAGCUUUUCUGCAUGCGAGAGGCAAGUCAAAAGUAUCUCAAAACCACAUUCGCCUCUUGUAACGAGGGGCUGCAGCAACCCAGCAAUGGAUUACUCCAGAAGACCUUUCUUAGUAUGAUUGAUCAUAUUGAAGACGUCUGGAUUAUUCUGGAUGCUGUUGACGAGUGUUGCACGCGCAGCGCAUCCGCAGAGGAUGGGUUACUUGGGUGGAUAGGAGACAUACACCGUACACAGAAAAAUAUCCACCUUCUCUUCACUGGUCGAGCAAACCAAGAUAUUGUUUGUGAAGUCCAAGAAUUGGAAGGAUCCAUUAAUAUAGUGGAACUCCAGAGCAGUUUCAUCUGCGCCGAUAUCCGCGAAUACGUUCACGCAAGGAUCAGACUGAGCAAGGGAUUCAAACGAUGGCGAUCGAAACCGCAUGUUCAAGAUGAGAUUGAAAGAGGCCUAAUGGAGCGCGUGAAUGGAAUGUUUCGAUGGGCAGCAUGUCAGCUUGACUCGCUGCAGAAACAUCUCGAUGUUCGCAGUCUCCGUGCUGCACUAGAAUGCCUUCCGGAGGGGUUAGAAGAGACGUAUUCCCAGAUUAUACAGAGUAUUCCCGAGCGUUACAAAGCGCGGGCUACACUAAUACUCCAGCUUCUGGCCUUUUCUGAGCGACCGCUGCGGCUUUCUGAGGCUGUCGAUGCCAUAGAGGUGGAUCCGGAAAGCGAGCCAUAUUUUGAUCCGGAAUAUCGGAUGCCCGAUCCUAAUGAAGUUUCCCAAUACUGCUCCAGCCUUGUGAUUGUGGUUUCCGUCAGUGAAAAGGAUAUUGUCAAGGCAGACGACAAAGAACUUCAUCUGGCACAUUACUCUGUCAAGGAGUACCUGGUCUCGGGCCGUGUGGGUGUACAAUUCGAUAAGCACUUCCAGCAGACGGAAGGGAGAGCCGCAAUUGCUGAGAUCUGUCUGGCAUAUCUGCUGCAACUGCGUGAGGACUUGACCAGACGCGAAAUUAUAGAAAGGUUUCCCUUCGCGGCAUACACCAAUUUUCUUCGUUUAUACAAUCCGGACCGUUUGGUGGACGAAUGGGGCCCGGAUAUAUACAACGGAGAAAUUAAAGCUGCCGCCGGGUUGUAUUAUGCUUCGUUGGGGGGCUUAGAAACGGAAGUGAAAGCGAUUCUGGAACUCGGAUGCGAUCCGAAUGCCCAAGGCGGCGUUUACAACAAUGCGCUCCAAGUCGCCAGUCUUGCAGGCCAUGAUGCCGUUGUCCAAAUGCUGCUUGACUGGGAGGCUGCUGCUCAAGGCGGACAUGCAAGGACCAUUUUGAUACUGCUUAACCAUGGAGCCGACGUCAAUGCACAGGGUGGAAAGUAUGGCAGUGCUCUUCAAGCUGCCGCUCAUGGAGGUCAUGAAAUCACCGUUCGGGCGCUUCUUGAUCGUGGUGCUUCAAUCAACGCUCGGGGUGGGGUUUACGGUACUGCCCUUCAAGCUGCAUGUCAGGCGGGACAUGAGAGGAGUUGUGAAUGUGUCGUUAUCGCAUUAAUUAACCACGGGGUUGAUGUCAAUUCUGGGAACGGGACUAAUGGUGAUGCUCUGCAGAGUGCUUCUCGCGCGGGCCAGGACAGUGUCGUUGAUCUGCUUUUGAGGAGGGGAUCAAAUGUCAAUGCCCAGGGAGGGCGUUACGGUAACGCUCUCCAAGCAGCUUGUGCGGGUAUGCAUGAGCACAUUGUACAAAGGCUACUGAAGAAAGGCGCAUUGGUCAAUGCUAAGGGUGGUAAAUACGGUACUGCGCUGCAAGUUGCAUCUCGCACAGGUGAUAUAGAUAUCGUUCAGAUGCUUCUCGACAACCGGGCAGAAGUCAAUACAGAGUGUGGGCAGUAUGGAAACCCCCUUCAGGCAGCUUGUCGAGGAGGACAUAUGAGUAUUGUUAAGAUGCUGCUCGUGUGUGGGGCUAAUGUAAAUGCACAAGGUGGAAGUUACGCCAAUGCACUACGGGCAGCGUCUUCCGGGGGGUAUAGUGAUAUUGUCCAAAUGUUACUCCAUAGUGGUGCCGUGGAGGACGUUCCAAAUGGAUCCAUUUGA